AUGCGCUGGCAGGAAUUAUUGGAGCUGCCGUCCAAGUGGAGAACGUCAGACACGGAGUCUGAGCAGAGCCAAACGCAACAGGCCCAGAUGCAAGAGUCCAUCACAACUGGCCCGAGUGAAAGCGGGCUGAAUGCUGACCUCCGUCGCCAGCUGGGCCUCAUCCUGCAGACAGCCGGCAGGAGCCAAGUGGAGAAGAUGCUGCGGGAGCUGGUGAAGGAGCAGAGCCAGGAGGGGAAGCACAAAGCAAGGAAGAAGGCACCCAGGAGUCCCAAAGAUGAAGCUGCUGAGGAGAAUGAAGAAGAGCUGCAGCCAGAAGAAGACAGCUUGGAGAAGGGGGCACCGCCAUCAAGGAGGUCUACCAGCCCAGAUGAGGGUGGUGCCAGCAGCCAUCAGUGCCAACAGGGCCCAGAGAACCAAGAGCCUCCUCAAGACUCUGCAGUGCAUCAGCAGGAAGGGAAUAAUUCCAACAGCCGGAGGCAUCUGGAAAACCCUGCUGUGUGCGGGGAGUGUGGGAAGAAAAGCUUGAAUGGUGGUGGCCGAGGCCACAGUAUCCCCACACCAGAGAGACCACACCAAUGUACUGAGUGUGGAUGCUGCUUCCGGCAACACUCGAUCCUGGCCAAACACCAAAAGAUCCACACCAGGGAUAAGCCCUACCUCUGCAUGGCCUGUGGCAAGCGGUUCAGCCGCAGCUCCAACCUGGCACAGCACCAGCGGGUGCACACAGGGGAACGUCCCUUUCCCUGCCCAGCCUGCGGCAAGGCGUUCACCCAGAAAUCGGACCUGGAGCGUCACCAGCGGGUGCACACAGGGGAGCGGCCCUAUGUCUGCCAGGACUGUGGGAAGCGCUUCUCGGUCAGCUCCCACCUUGACCGACACAGGCGCACCCACCGGCACAACCAUCAGGAGCAGCCUUCUGCAGCCCCCCUACUCCCAGCUGCCCACCACUGUCCUGACUGUGGGAAAUGUUUCGGGCACCGCUCUGGUCUCUCUAAGCACCGAAAGACCCAUUCCGGGGAGCGCCCGUACCCCUGCGGCGCCUGUGGCAAGCGGUUCAGCCGCAGCUCCAACCUGGCGCAGCACCAGCGCAUCCACACAGGGGAGCGCCCGUUCCCUUGCGGGGACUGCGGGAAGCGGUUCAUCCAGCGCUCCGACCUGGAGCGCCACCAACGCGUGCACACCGGAGAGCGCCCCUACACCUGCGCGCAGUGCGGCCGGGGCUUCUCCGUGAGCUCCCAUCUCGACCGGCACCAGAGAGUUCACCAGGCCCAAGCGGCGGCCGUCGCCGCCCACCGUUGCCCCGAACACGUUAAAGGCGUCCUCCUCGGCAGCGGGGCCAAGCCGGGCUCGAAAUCCCCGCUGUGCGGCGGCAAAGGGCGCCUCCCGCGCAGCAGCCGCUGCUUGGACUGCGGGAAGAGCCUGAGCAAACUGCCGGCUCAGCCCGCGGAGCCCGCGGCGGAGAAGCCCUACCGGUGCGAGGGCUGCGGGAAGGCCUUCGCCCAGCGCUCGGCGCUGAUGAAGCACCAGCGGAUCCACACCGGGGAGAAGCCCUUCUCCUGCGGGGACUGCGGCAAGGGCUUCAUCCAGAAGUCGGACCUGACCAUCCACCGGCGCAUGCACACCGGGGAGAAGCCGUACCGCUGCGAGGCCUGCGGCAAGUGCUUCAGCGUCAGCUCCAACCUGCUGACUCACCAGCGCACCCACCGGGGGGAGAAGCCCUACGCCUGCGGGGAGUGCGGCAAGGCCUUCAUCCAGCGCUCGGAGCUGACCAUCCACCAGCGCAGCCACACCGGGGAGAAGCCCUACAAAUGCAGCCUCUGCGGCAAGGGCUUCAGCCGCAGCUCCCACCUGAACCGCCACCGGCGCACCCACGGCGCGGGCGGCGAGCGGGCCUCCUCGGCUGGGCCGGCCCCCUGCCCGUCGCUCGCCCCCGGCCCCCACGAGCCCGCCGCUCCUCCGCCCGCCGGCCCGGUCUUCCCCGCCUCCUUUCCGCCCUCCAGCCCCCUCCCUCCCCCGCCGGCCUUCCCUCCCUCGCCCUCCCCUCUUCCCCUCCCUCCUCUGGAGCUGCCUUGGGCCCUCCCCUUCCCAUCCCGGGCUUUCUCCCACCCAGCCUUCCCGCCUCCUGCCCCAAAGGCAGCCCGGGCGCCUUCUCUCAUCAACUGACUUCUUCCCUUCCAGCCUGUGCUCUCCAUUCCUGCCUAACGCCCCCGUUCAUGUCCUUCUAGCGGCCCUCCCGAACUCUCCCCGGUUCCCCUUUUCCUUCUCCUUCCCUGCCAAUUGAGCCUCGCUCUCUGUUCCCCGGCCCUGGCUGUGCAGGAUGGACUUGGAGAAGAGAAACAGCCUGGAAGGGGGGCGGGUGCGUCGGAGUGAAGCAGGUGGCCGCAGGGC